UUUGUCGGACGGUCCAAUUACUCGUAGCGAUUAUAAUCGCCUUAAUUAGAAUCCACUUCCUCGAGAUUUUAGAACGUGAUGAGAUGAUCCGUUUAUUUUUAAUAGCGCAUUCGAAAAUAGGUAAUUAAUUAUGAAACGGAAUCAGGUGAACUUUGAUAAAAUAGAACAAUUUGACGUGGAAGUUCAUUAAAAACCACUCUUUCGUUGCUCUGUAGCUGAAAAGGUGGGGAGGUGGUUGAAGAGCGUACGCUUUUACGAAUCACGAUGUCAGUGUAGAAACAAGACUCAGGUAGGCAAGGUGUGUAAGUAAUACUUGAAUUCUCGAGCCAGUCUGAAUGAGAAUCUAGUAACGAUCGAUAUCAUGUUACUGAAGAUCGUAUCGUGCACGACGCUGUGUUACUUAGUCGCAGUCCUGUUAUUCGGCGCGCUUCUACUCCUAUCAGUUCUGUACAUGUACUUACAGUACAGGAUAGGAAAGUGCACGAGCAAGAACAAAAUGGACGGGAAGACGGUAUUGAUAACUGGAUGCACUUCUGGAAUCGGGAAGGAGACUGCGAAAGAUAUCGCGAAGAGGGGCGCCAGAUUAAUUAUGGCCUGUCGAAAUGUGGAAGCUGCAGAAAAAUUCAAAGAGGAGUUAGUCAAGGAAACCGGCAAUACAAACAUAGUUGUGCGAAAGCUCGACCUGUCAUCCUUCUCUUCGAUCAGACAGUUCGCGGAACAAAUAAAUCGCGAGGAGGACCGGUUGGACGUGUUAAUUCACAACGCAGGAACUGCAGAGGUGUUCGAGAAGAAGGUGUCAGAGGAUGGCUUAGAAAUAACUAUGGCGACAAAUCAUUAUGGACCAUUUUUGCUAACACAUCUUUUAAUCGAUUUACUAAAACGUUCGAAACCAAGUCGGAUAGUGGUCGUCGCAUCGAGCCUGUACUUUCUGGCGCGGUUAAAUCUGGAUAAUAUGAAUCCAACGACAACGUUUCCUGCAUACUUGUAUUACGUCUCUAAGUACGCGAAUAUUGUGUUCACGUUCGAGCUGGCAAGACGUCUCGAAGGUUCCGGGGUCACAGCUAAUUGCCUUCAUCCUGGACUGAUAAAUACUGGCAUUUGGAGUAAGGUGCCGCCUCCAGUAUCGUGGAUAUUGCGGUUUAUACUGAAUACUUUCUUCAGAACGCCUGCACAGGGCGCUCAGACCUCUGUGCACCUUGCUGUUUCGGACGAAGUGAACGGAAUUUCUGGCAAAUACUUUUCGGAUUGUCGCAUACAAGAACUUUCUGGUGAAGUAACGGACGCAGCGAAAGGUAAAAAGUUUUGGGAGCUCAGCGAAGCCAUGGUGAAACUUCAACCGACGGAUCCAAAGAUAUAGAAAUGUUUUAUUGAGUAUUCAAGUAUUGACCAUUUAAUUCCUAGUUAUCCUUUUUGCUCUUUAUAAUUUAUACCGACUAUAUCAACUGUGACAGUAAUAAAUAUU